GAAAAUCAGGCUCGACAAAGGAAAAUAUGGCGAGCGACAGGCCCUCGACUCCUCCGCCCCAGACGGGCGCAAACAAGCCCGGUGAGCUCCCACGGGGCCCGCUAACCCCAGAACAGCUACGACGGAUCGAGAUCAACCGCAUGAAAGCGAAAGCGAUCCGCGAGCAGCGCGACGCGGAAGCCGCCGCCGCCGCCGCCGCACGAGCACAACAAUCUACGAAGGGAGUGAAGCGCACGUAUUCCUCCAUGACCUCCGAAACGCCCGCCACCGUACGAGAUGCCGCGGCGGCGGCGAACCGGCCGCUGGACGCCAUCCGGCCGGCGCGCAACUUCACCAAGUUUGUCGACUACGACUUCUCGAAGAUGACGGAUACCAAGGGCGGGUUCUUGACGGCGGAGGAUGACCCCCACAACCGGGCGCUCAAUGUGCGGGAUGAGAAGGCCGAGCAGAAGCCGCCGAAUAUGACGCAGAAGGAGUGGGAGCGGCAGCAGUUGCUCAAGUCUCUCCGGCGGGACCGCGCGGGCCCGUUUGAGCCCGGGCUCAGUGUGUUGGAUGAUAAGGAGAAGCAGAAGUCGUGUCGUGAGUGCGGGAGCCUUGAGAUUGACUGGAAGUGGGAGGAGGAGCUGCAGUGUCGGAUCUGUCAUGCUUGCAAGGAGAAGUUUCCGGAGAAGUAUAGUUUGCUGACCAAGACGGAGGCAAAGGAGGAUUAUCUGUUGACGGAUCCUGAGCUCCGGGACGAAGAGCUGUUGCCGCAUCUUGAACGGCCGAACCCGCAUAAAUCGACGUGGAACAACAUGAUGCUCUAUCUCCGGUAUCAAGUGGAGGAGUACGCUUUCUCGGAGAAGAAGUGGGGAUCGCCCGAGGCGCUCGAUGCCGAGUUCGAGAGGCGAGAGAACGAGAAGAAACGGCGACGAGAGGCCAAGUUCAAGUCCAAACUGCAGGAUCUCAAGAAGCGCACGCGAGUAGAUGCCUACCGACGCAACCGCUUAGGGGCUGCCGGAGGUCAAUUCGGGGAUGAUUUGGGCAACGGGGGGAGGCAUGUGCAUCAGUGGGGAAGAUUGGUUGAGAAUCCUGAGACGGGGAUUGGAGUGAAGACGUGCGUAGAUUGUGGGAUGGAGGUUGAGGAAUUAGAGUUUUGAAGUACAUGAUUGUACAUCGACAGGGAGAUAUGUAAUGCCACGAGACCACGAUCUGAUGAUUUGACUCCCGCCAUCAAUCUGCUUACCAGAUUAUAAAUAUUUCUGGGGGAGAACCCCCAAACCCC